AUGGGCUCCGACGAUUAUGCUGCUGUCGGUGGCGGCGGUGCCCUGAAACUCAAGGGCGCCAAAAUACACAAGAAAAAGAAGAAGCGCGAUAAGACCGAUCUUCAGAAGAACCUCGAUACCGGAAACAAUGACGAAGAGAAGAGAAAGAAGAAGAGCGAGGAUGGAGAGGAGCAAGAGCCCCAUGAUGAUGAGGGCAAACCCGAAGUUCAAAAGACGGAGGCUCAAAAGCGCCACGAAGAGAUAAAAAAGAAGAGGCUGCUCAAACUCGCCGAGUCUUCAAGCUCGCGGCCAGAACUUCUCAAAACACAUAAGGAGCGUGUCGAAGAACUCAAUACUUACCUGUCGAGAUUGAGCGAGCAUCACGAUAUGCCCAGGAUUGGCCCUGGUUAA